UAGAUAUCAUUGCAAGAUUAACAAUUUAGGUCUUAAAUAUAGUAUGAUUCAAUGAAAAACUUGGUUGACAACACUGUGAUGGAAUAUUCUCACAGUUUAUUGUUUAUUGGAAUUUUACUUGCACAUCCUGACAAACAGUAAAGAUGGUCAUCGUGACAUCUAGCUCAACAAUCGCCUCCGGUGUUACCACCUCUGCAGUUCAUAGCUUGACAUCGGUUAAUACAUCUGUUACCAUGUCAGCGGCAUGGACUCCCAAUUGCAUUGGACCACAGUCAGGCAAUGGUAGCCCCAUGGAUUUGUCAUCAUCAGCUUAUCAAAUGCUCCUCAAACAAGUUGAAAGUCUGAGGAAAGAGAAUAGCUCAUUAAAAGCGGAGCUUAAGAAUAACACAUCACAUAUAAGCAAGCUUGAAAACGAGGCUUCGAGAAUGAAGGACAUGGUAUUAUUACUUGGAAAUCCCAUCAUUGGUAAUGGAUCGGAACACGAUGCACAUCAACUAAACAACAGCAACUAUAUGCAUUAUGCAGAGGCAAGUUUUCCCCAAGAUGAAACUUCUUUUGCUGGAGAUAUAGCCAGCUCUAAUACUGUUGGUCAGAUACACCCUAAUGCUCUUCAAACUCCUUUGAAACUUCAAAACGGAAUGGACCAAGAAUACAAGAAACAAAGGCCUGAGUUUCUUUUGGGCUUACGGCAAAAUCCAUAUGGACAACAUUCAGUUCUGCAUCAUAGUGCAUUACCUGGUUCUGUGAGCCCGUCACCCACAGCUGCUGUAGCCGACGCUAUGAAAAAGAAUUUGUUGCCUUUAAGAGCUGAAAGGGCCAGUAUUUAUCGGACCAUAACUAUUGAAGAACAAACUAAGGAUUUCUAUCUUAAACAAUUGGAUGAAUUAAAAUCAAGAUUGGAUGGCGUUUCGGAUUCAGAUAAGUUUUCAAAGACCAAUGACAAGACAAGGCAACAAAUUGAAACAGAAAUUGCAAAUUUACAAGAGAAAAUGGAACAAAAUUUGGGUUCAAGUGAAGUUAUGAAACAAAGAUUAGAGGCAAGAAUCAAACAGCUUCAUGAUAUGGAUAAAGAAAUAGUCAAUGUGGAAAAUCAUAUAAGAAAAUUGGAAAUGACGCCAACAUCACCAAAUACUCCUACAAUCUCUGCUCAGUCUCAUCCACCUAAUGAAACAGAUUUUGGCACUUGUACGAAACAUGCAUCGUUUAUGCGAGGAGGUACUGGGUUUACUAUAACUUCAACUCAAACACCCAACUCAAGUUCGGAAGGAAUAAUAUACGAAGAAGAAUUUUCAUCUUGUGAUAAUUCAGCUUAUGAUUUACAAGUUUCAACCAGCAAUGGAAAAACAUCAAGAAUCGUGCAAACUAUGACAUCGUGUAUUGCUGGUCGUAUUACACAAAAUUCAUUGCCGGCAUUAUCUGAAUUCACACACACUGGGAUUCAUCCGCAUGACUCUUUGUUAUUAUCGAGAAUAGAUCCAGCCGGUCCAGGAAGUUUGGAAAGUUUACCUUCUCAGUCUGAUAUUGAUGAUACAGCAAGCAUGCAUAGUUUCACUACCUCACUGCCCAGGCAUUUUCAAUCUUCUUCAGUCGGUCCUAAAAAAGACAAUGUUCAUUCACCAACAUUUUUACAAGCUAAUAAAGAAGAAUUAGCUGUGAAAAUUUCAAAAAUGAGUAAAACUGCAGAGGGAUGUUUGUCAUUACGUCGUAGUGGUGGCAUAUCUCUAAUUGUGCAGAUUAUUCACGAUGAAUCUAUUUUGAGCUUGCCUCCAUCUUGGUCAGUCCCAUCUAGCCCAGGCUGUAUCCCAGCUAUGGUUGCAAACAUUUUGAAAUCAGCAAAAGAAAGAAGAUUUAGCAUGCUACAAGCACUCAAGAAUAUUGUUCAUUGUACAACAGACAUGAGAACGAAAAUUGAGGUUGUGGUUUUCAACCAUCUGGAAUUUAUUCAAGGAUAUUGUGAACUGCUAUUUGAAUUUUGGGUCCAUGCUCAAACUUUGCAGAAAAAACCUGAUUAUACAAAGAAUAUUUCAAGCCCAAAUUCUGUUAAUGGACACACAGAGAAUGGAAAAGAUGUCGCAAUAUCUGAUAUUAGCAAUAAUAUUAACAAAACAUAUGAUUUCAAAGCUGGACUGGUUAUGGUUUAUGAUUUUCCUGUGUCAAGAAUAAGCACAAUCAUGAAACUGUCUCAUAACGAGGCAACAAGAAGCAUUCCUGUAAUCAACGAGUUAGGAGGUUUAUUUGUUGUUGCUGAAUUGUUUAUAUUACACUGCCGAUGCACUGCAUUCAUUGAUCUUGUACAAUCAACUGUUGGUAUCGAACCUCCUAGUCCUGAUGUUGUUCAACUUCAAUUACUACGAAGAUUUGUUGGAUUCGCUUUGAUAAAUUUGACUUUUGGAGAUGUUACAAAUAAGGCGACUUUGAUUCAGAUGCCUGGAUUGAUUGACACGGUUAUGGCACAGAUGAGUAUUGAAUCGGAAGAAAUGCAACAGGUGAUGGCAAAACUGGUGAGAAAUCUUUCAUGGCAACCUGAUGAAAAAUGCCAGGAUAUACUGAGACAGAAAAACCUUGUUUCCGUGUUGAUGAAAUGUGCAUUGAAAUCGAAACGAGAGGAUACACUGAAAAGUGUUCUCAGUGCAUUAUGGAACUUGUCUGGUCAUUGCCCAGAGAAUAGAACAAGCAUAUGUUCAGUAAAGGGUGCAUUAGCUUUCUUGGUAUCUACACUGACAUAUCGAACAACAGAUAUUAUUGAAAGUGGUGGAGGAAUUCUGAGAAAUGUCUCAAGUGUUGUUGCCACUAAUGAAGAAUAUAGACAGAUUCUCCGUGAUAAAAAUUGUCUUCAAAUAUUGCUAACCCAUCUGAAAGCAGCAAGUCUCACUAUUGUCAGUAAUGCUUGUGGAACUCUUUGGAAUUUAUCUGCAAGAAAUGCCCAAGAUCAGAAGUUACUGUGGGAUUUAGGUGCAGUGCCGAUGUUACGAAAUCUGGUUCAUUCCAAACACUCUGUGAUCGCACGAGGAAGUAGUGCAGCGUUGCGAAAUCUUAUCUCUAACAGACCAGGUUCAGCGGCCGGGCCUGAAUCAGAGAAAAGUGAAACUGUGAAGUUGAAGGCAAGGAAACAAAAAACUGGGGAAUCGUAUGAUGGCAAAAAGAACUUACCAGAAAUUGAAAAAUUUUCACCUAGACAUCAUGCAUGGUCCGGAGCUAAAGAUAAAAUGAUGUCACCUGGUUCUGUAAUAAGCCCACAGAGACAUAGUAUGCAGGAAACCUCCAGUUCCAGUCCUGUGCCUGAUUUGGAGAGAGGAAGGCGAUUUCAGAAAGGCGGUUUGCAUUAUUCCGGUAGCCUUGGAAAUCUUCCCACCGACUUCAACAGCGAAAACUUUUCAAAAUCUCAAAGCAAUGGAUCCAAAUAUAUUUCCUCUGCUAGAAAUAGUAAUUCUUAUCCAGACCAUUAUUCAUCAAACUCCACAAACAAUAACAUUGCUUUUAGAAAUGCAACAAUGCCUAAUACAAAUCAGAUUCGAAGUGGUAAAAACAUUCCCGGUUUUACACCUGUUGCUGCCGCCGGUGGAAUGUUAAAAAACGUCAUGAUGUUUAAUGAUCAGAUGCUGCAGUCUGCUCAAACACCCGGACAACAAGCUACCAAUUCACCGCAAUCUAAUAUUUCGCUCAGACAAUAUUUUCAGCUCAUCGCAGGGAAAAAACCAUUACCACCAUCAGUAGGUAACGGUCUUGGAGCAUCUGAACAAAGCCCCUCGUACAUGCAAAACGCUGGUGGGUUUGGGGGUAACCCGUCAAAUACAAACAUGACAACUCACUUGUAUAAUGUACAAAACAUCCCGAAUGUACAAAAUCAGUUUUAUCCUGGUUCUGGACAUUUGGUAACCCCGGGAGCAACCCAGACACGAAUUCCGCAGUUACAACAAGCAGGUGGUCAGCUGACGGUUCCGCAUCCGCAAAGAAUGCAAAAAUUAAUGCAGAAUACUAUGACUCCUAAUAAGCCUAAUGUUUUACCCAAAUGUACAGAAGAUUUAGUCAGACGUUUACAAGAUGUGGAAGAGGAUUAUGACAAUGAUGACGGCCCUGUCAACUACAGUUUGCAAUAUGGAGAUGAGCAUAUGACGCCGGGUAUACAAAGCCCAAGAACUGAAGAAAUCUACGAAACUGCUGCUAUUGUUAAUCAAAAUUCAAGAACAAGACCAACUAUACAUGAUUCUCAUUCCAAUUUUAUGCAUACUGGCAUACCAUCUGCAUCUAUGAAUGGCCCUGUUACUAAAUCUGAUGGUGGCUUAUCGGGCCUCAGUUCAUGCAUUGGCAGUACCGGAAGCAGUGCUCAGCAACGUCAAGAUGCAAGUAACAAAAGACUUGCAACUGUAGUAUCAAGUGAACAUCCUGUUAUUGAUAGAUCAAAUCCAUCGUUACCUGCUGCAUAUAACAGCUUAAGAUUUGAUAAUGAUCUAGAUUUUGAUGAUGAGAAACCAACAAAUUUUGGUGCCAUGUAUUCUGAAGAACAACUUUAUGAACCUAUACAACAUCAAUCGAUGGGUAUGAUGCCGUUUUCAGAAGUCGAUCAACCACCUUAUCCAACAGCGGACCAAAUGAAAACCAAUCUCAACAUGCAACAGACAACUGCUACGAACAAUUGUCAAUCCACAAGUGAGGCAGCACUGGAAGGCAAAGAACAAGAUGAUAAGUUUGAUACUGGUGCUAUCACUCCCGGCCACUAUUUUGGUAAUUACAAAUCUGGAAGAAAUAGCGGGAUAAUGACACCCAGAACACCGAUGUAUGAAGAUACCCCGAUGAUGUUCAGCAGAGGGAGUAGUUCUUUGGGAUCUGUCAGCGACGGUGAAUCCAUACACAGUUCCAUUACAAGCGAACCAGGAUCUCGAAUGCUGAGUGGUCGUGUAUCUCCAAGUCAUUUGCCAGAUAGUCCCAGUCAAUCGAUGCCUGUGAGUCCACGAAGAUCACCUCGACCACGAACGCCAGUGGAACCUCCUGACGAUGAUUUUGAUGAGUCAUCUGAAAAAACACUUGAUUUACCUACAACUGGAAUGUUAGUAAAUAACUCUGUGAAUAAACCGCCAAUGUCUGAGCGAAUUGAAGAUCGUCUAUGUAAAAUUAAUCAGCCUGGGUACAUUACAUCUGUUCCUAAUAAAGAUGAAAUGAACGUUUAUCGAUCUGAAGGUGCCAUGUCUGUAAUGACUAAAUUCAGUGAUCUGACCAUUGACAGCGGCGAUAAAAUUCAUCCUCUGGAAAAUGAUCAAGGGGUCUUGAGUAAAGUACAAUCACCAACAGGGUCAAGAGCUUCUUCUGUUAACCAUGCCAGUGAUGUUCAAAGCAACUCUGAUAACAAAAUGGAGAAUUCUGAUUGUGCGGAUAGGAAUCAUUCAGCUCGCACUGAUGAAGACUUUUUCCACCCAGGACAACGAGCUGUGCGUCAUGCUGGUUACAUUACAUCGUUGCCUACAAAUGAUGAAAUUAAAAAUUUCGUGCAUGAAGGCACACUUUCACCAAUGACCGCUUUCAGUGAAAUCAGUGGUUUGCAAGAAGAUAACCGUGGUUUUCAAAAAAGUACCGGUAGUGUGUUUUCUGUUCCAAAUUCUUCAAAUUCCAAUAAAGUUGGACCUCGAUCGGUUGCAUCAAAUAAAAAUUCAUUUGCAAGUCGUUCAUCUGCAACUGGAGCCUCUGUGCCACCUCCUCCGCAGACAUCAGGAAAGGAUGUUGUAAAGGAGGGAGACCAGGAAGAAGGGGAUUCAAAAACGUCAAGACAUCCGUCAAAUUUUUCAAGUGUAACAAGCCCUACUUCUCAUUCUAUUAAUGGUGCUGACGAGGAUCUUGGUGACGAUUCCGACAGUCUUCCCAGUUCAUCAUCGGACGAUGAUGAUUUGUUACAACAAUGUAUUCAGCAUGGUCUUCCGAAAAAAAGAUCAUCUCAAAAAUCAAUAGGUCGUAGUUCGUCAUCGAAAUCAUCUAAUCGUAGUAGCAGGUCAUCUCGUUCGAAAGAUAAGUCCAAUAAUUCUCUUCCAACUCAUUCUGGCAAUAGUCAGGUUUCGCAUGAGGAAAAAGAAAAGAAACAGCAAGAAGAUCGUCGAGUUACAAAUCCGUCACCUGAAGUCGUAGCGGAGCGCAAAAGAAUCGACAUAAAACAGAAAAUUGAAUCUGCGAAUCAAAAAUUAAACGGAGUACACAUAUUGGAAUACAUGGACAAUCUUAUGAUGAAAGUGGAUGAUACUGAUAAACCUGGAACGUCACAUAGUACUUCUAAGAUGAAACAAGUUAUCGACAGUGCAGAGAAAUUACAGCAAAGCUAUAGCGUUAGGAAAAAGAUAAAAGAAGAUGAAAAGCACGCAAAUUUAACAGAAAAAUCAAAUUGUGAUUCACCAAACCACUCUACCACUAUGAAAAUGCCCAAGACUACAGGCUUGCUGCCUUUAGAACCCCCACUCCAAUUGCAGUCAAAAAUGAGAAUUCAAUCUUACAUUCGUGAAGGAAUAACAAGUUAUGCUACAGAAGGAACCCCGAUAGAAAUGUCAAGAAGUACUUCUCUGAGCAAUUUAACCAUAGACUCGGAACUUGGGGAUAACAUGGAUAUGACAGGAAUAAAGAUGAUUAGGACCUCACAUUCUGUGUCGGACAUUAAAGACUCUUCAAAUGAGAUUCUAUUCGGAAAUACUGAAGGUGUUUCCUCGCAAAAACCUGUUAGCAGUGUUCCCAUGCAUGUACGAAGUACUAGUUUAGGUAGUUCAAACUGUUCAUCUCCUGUUACCAAAGACAGUCGCGAAAUCUUAAAAGUUCUCGGACAACAAAUCGCGGAUUUGAGUCUUUCAACAGCGGAAUCUGUAGUGAAGGAUCCAGGAUAUACAACUUCACUUCCUCACACUGACGAAAUAUGUAAAUACGAGGCUGAGGGUUCACAAGGUGGUGGGACAAUAUUUAGCGCUCUGACCAUUGACAGUGACACAAAAAUCGCACCUACGAUUCCUAAAGAUGAUAAUACAGCACAGCCCAAUUAUCCACAAGAAACCAAUGUUUCUGAAAAAGCAUCUCCCGAUGAAUUACAAGAGGCAAAAGUUCCAUCUGCAAUACAGAGAAACAAUUGGAUUAAUGAUAAUUCGUUAGAAGUAGAUGACAAUCUUUCUGCUUUAAACAGUCGGGUUAAAGAAAACGAUUGGCAACAACCAUUGAUAGCGCCGCAGUUCAAUUCUCAUUAUAACAAUGAGAAUGACAAUCUGGCCAUGAAAGAAGAACAGCGAAAAUACACAAUUGAAGAUACGCCACUAUACUUAAGCGGUCCUGGAUCCCUGAGUUCUUUAGAUUUUGGAUCUGAUGAUGACAAUGAAUUACUAAAUGCAUGUAUAACAUCAGCAUUGCCUGUUGAUAAGAGAAAUGCUAAUCCACCUCUUCCUAGUCAAAUACUCAUGAUGCAACAACAGUCAAACAACACUGAUCCUCAUGCUCGAAUAAAUCACGGUGUUCCUGAUGGAAAAGUUGAUAGUCCAACUUCUCAGCAAAUACCUUUUGUUAUCCCAACAUUGCAACAACAGAAUUAUUCAGACAGACUGCAGAUGAAUCUGGAUCCUAAUAUUUCUUCGUCAUACAUCCAGUCGCCGAAUGAUGAACAAUGGUCACUCAUUCAACGUGAUGCAGAUGCCCUAGCUGUACGUCUGAUGCAACAAUCUAAUCAACAAACAUCUACUGAUCGAAUGAAGUACUCUCAGGAUAUGCCUUUAAGUUCCAGUGUGUCGCUGUCUCAACCUACAGAGGGAUUUUAUAGAUUGUCAAGGCAAGCUUCGAUGCAAGAUUCAGAUCUGUCGGUCAGUUCUUCAGUGCUUGGCGAACGCCAUUCCUAUGAUGUUUCUGCUAAUCGAGUAAAAUCACCACAUGAUAACGCGAUACAAAAUCGCUCUUCGGGACCGAAACAUCAAGGUGAUAAAUUACCAAAUCGGUUAAAAACUCAAAAUGAAAGAAGCUCUAAAACUGAUAAAAAGUAUAGCCCAAGAAAAAGUAAAGACUCAAGUGCAGUACGUCGUACUAGAAAUCAUCCAUCUCAUGCUAAGGAUAGUUCUUCAGGCAGCUCGUCCUCGUUUAGACAACCACAGCAUCGGAAUCCUAGCAGCAAUACAAGAGGCGGGGAAAUGUGUGGUUGUCAUGGUUCCAAGCCUCGCUAUUAUAACCACGGCCCUGUUUCUGCAUCAACCAGUCAUUUAGUUGACGGAGUCAAAUCUCCAAGUUCAAGACCAAGAAGGAAAAGUACUAAUUCCGCUUCAAAAAACUCAAUGGGGGGUUAUGAGCAUGUAUCACAUCAUCACCACCAUCAGCAAAAACCAAGUCGGCCCAGAAACCAAACUAAAAACUUUUAUCACCCCAGCGUGACUCAACUUUACCCACCUCUAAAAGACAUGGUGGGGGUUUUGGAAGGAGUCGCUUCUGUUGCAGCGAGAGGAGAUAAGGUGGUUGCUGACAGAAAUCCAUCCCAAUAUUCUGGUAACCACAGCAGCCAACCUUUGAGCAAAAAAUCUUCAAGCUCCUCCUUAGUCCGUUCUGCAACAUUUAUCACAGAAAAACCGAGCCAAGUUUUAUUGGAAAACAUGACUCAAGAAGAGAAAGAUCAUUACACAAACAGUUCUAUGUCUUCUUCUGUUUCACCGUCCCAAUCUCAACAUUCUUCUCGGAGUGCUGGAAACCCUAGAACAAGAUCUCCUAACAGUAGUUCCCAAAGUCUCAAAACACAGUCACGCAAUGCAGUCUCUCGUGGUAGCACUCACAGCCUUAAAACCCAUUCCACUAUUACUAAAGAAACUACAAAGCAGAAAGGCAAAAAGAAAAAUCCACCUGCUGGACAAGCCAAACCAAAGCAUAAUAAAGUGUGGAGUGGAAUAAAAAAGCUUCUUUCACCCAGUGACGAUGCGUCUAAGACUCCUGUUAACACCAUCCCUAGUAAGAACAGCACACCUUCAAAAUCCAAACAGAAAAAGGAUGCAAUAAAGGGGGUUAAAACACCAACUAGACAUGUUAAAAAGUCUGCUUCUGAGAAGCUGCCAAUUUCCAGUGAGAAAAAAGUGAAGCAGUCUAGUAAUAUGAGAACAAAUGAAAGUGGAUCUAGUCUUUCAUUGUCUAGCAGUAGUGCAAGUAACGCAUCAACUUCAGACAUAGAAGUCACAAGUUCUGCUAGCACAAAGAUGCAAGGUAAUGUUACUCCAUAUGGACUUUUACCUAAGUCUCCGUCAGUGAAUGCAAUAAUGCGUCGCACAUUGUCUACGAAUAUUCCACAGAGCCGUUCAACAGGUAUUCUGGAUCAGUCAAAAGCACAAAAACCAUCUGGUUCUUCAGUGUGGAGGCGAACGCCACCGAAAGUGCAACCAGCUCUAAAACACAGCAAAGUUCAGAAUUGCACACUCGUAGCGGCACACGAAACGACACGUCAAAAAAGUUGAUUUCAAGUGAUCAGCAAUUUAUCAGUAUAAUCGAAAGCAACAAUAGAAUCUGAAAAUAUUUGGGUUUCAAAAAAGGAUUUAGCAAACCUGCAGCAUGAGUAUUCACCUCAUUCUGUAACAACAAAGUCGAAACUUCCAAUUCCACAAGGUCAGAACCCAAUACAAACCAGUGAUGAUGCUAUAUCAGAGGUUACAGGAGAAAAUCAUAAGCAAGGUUCCAGCAAUUCACCAGCAUCGGGGUUUCAGUCACCGCCACGCACUCAGUCACCGCGGAUUGUACAGCAAGUUGCACCAUUCAAUUACCGUCCCUCACCACGACAGAAGAAUUCAAGUUAUUCUGAGGAAGUUGUAAGAAAGAAAUAUUAUAGCAGUAAAAAAGUUAGUCCUGACUGCAAACAAACAUCUGUAUAAAAUUAAAUUGUAUUUUUGAAUUCUAUCUUUUUUUAUUAAUGUUUAGCUGUUCUCACUUCUAUUUUCAUUUUUUUUUUUUUUGAAUUCAUAUACAAUUUUCAUACAGAAACUGUAUAUACAAAAGGAUAUGAAUUGUGCAUACUUUAAAAUUGCCUUAAAGGGUUGUUGUAUCAAGCGAUUUGUUGAAUCAAUUCAGGUUUCAUUCGUUUCUAUUGGUGCUUUACUCUAUCCUUUGUUAUAUGGCGGUACAUUUUUACAAUCAUUUCUAUUACAACGAUUAACACCACACUGCUUCAUACAUAUUCAUAUUGCUUUGUAUUCGAUCUUUAUUAUAAGUUUACAUAAGUGCUGAGGCUUUCCUUUUCCAGUAUUUUACUAUGUUAAUUUGUUUCUAUAUGUGUUGUAAAGUUUCAUAUUUUCUCUUUAUGCCAUAAAUACUGUUAUUAAAAUAAUCUGUCCAUGUAUUUAUUUAUUACUGCAUCACCGUUGUGCUGCUAUUGUGCUACAUUCUAUAUUACAAUACCUGUUGAUCAA